AUGAAAUGUGAAUUAAACCUCUGCGUCUCUUCUGUUUCUUGUAUUUUUCAGUCUCUGGACGGGUUUGUAUUUGCACUAAACAAGGAGGGACGCUUCCUCUACAUCUCUGAGACCGUCUCCAUCUACCUGGGACUGUCACAGGUGGAGCUGACCGGCAGCAGUGUGUUUGACUACAUCCACCCCGGCGAUCACGUGGAGGUGGCGGAGCAACUCGGCAUGAAGCUUCCUCCGGGCCGAGGGAUAUGUCUCUCCCAGGGAGCUGUCAACGAAGACGGGGCAUCCUCAGCUUCGUCGUCGUCGCACUCAGAGACGCCCGAACCAGUGGAGUCCAGCAGUCCCAAUCUUCUGCCUCCUGAUAACACUCUGGAGAGAUCCUUCUUCGUGCGGAUGAAGUCGACGCUCACGAAGAGAGGCGUGCACAUCAAGUCCUCAGGAUAUAAGGUGAUCCACAUCACUGGACGUCUGCGGAUCAGGAUGACGCUCACACACGGCCGCUCGGUGCCCAAUCAGAUCAUGGGGAUGGUGGUGGUGGCUCACGCUCUGCCGCCGCCGACCAUCAACGAGGUUCGCAUCGACUGUCAGAUGUUUGUCACCAGAGUCAACAUGGACCUCAAGAUCAUCUACUGUGAGAACAGGAUCAGCGACUACAUGGACCUGACUCCGGUGGACAUCGUGGGGAAGAGAUGCUACCAGUUCAUUCAUGCUGAAGACGUGGAGGGAAUCAGACAGUGUCACCUGGACUUGAUGAAUAAGGGUCAGUGUGUGACAAAGUACUACCGGUGGAUCCAGAAGAACGGCGGUUACAUCUGGAUCCAGUCCAGCGCCACCAUCGCCAUCAACGCCAAGAACGCCAACGAGAAGAACGUCAUCUGGGUCAACUACGUCCUCAGUAAUCCAGAGUAUAAAGACACGCCCAUAGACAUCGCCCAGCUGCCCAACCUCCCAGAGAAAACCUCCGAGUCCUCCGAAACGUCCGACUCUGAGUCCGAGUCCAAAGAAAACUCAGACAACGAGAACGCCAAACCGGAGGGGAAGCCGAGCCACCAAUCAGAACACAGCGAGGACCCGGAGGCCGACAGCAAGCGCCAGCAGCAGCCGGGCCAACCGCACUGCUCCUCCGAACAGGAAAUGAAACGCCAGGAGGAAGGGGACAGCUCCAGUAACCCCGAGAGCCAAGACAGCGAUGACAGCAUGGAGCCUUCAGACGGAGAGGGGGAGGAGCAGGAGGAAGUCAGAGGAGGAGGAGGAGGAGGAGGUGGAGGUGGAGGAGGUGGAGGAAGGUUGGGGAGGUUAACAGGACUCGGUGGAUUAGGUGGAUUGAGUGCCAUCGGAGGAUUGAGUAAUCUUGGCGGGCUUCAUAUCAAAGUGGAGCAUUACGGAGAGGGGGAGGAGGUUCAGCUGCACAACUCGCAAACCUCUUCAUCGGAGGAGGAGGAAGAGGAGGAUGAUGACGACGAUGACGACGACGAGGACGGAGGCAUGCAGGACUGCGACGGCGCCAACACUGGGAACAAACUCCAGAAGAGGCGGAAGAGGAGGAAAGUGCAGAAAUGGGACAGCACCCGAAGCAGAAGGCUCCGUCUGUCCUCGACCUCGCCCAGCCCCGUCGCCAUGGGAGACGCCACGCCGCUGGUCGACCCCUCGCAGGCCAACGCCAACUCCUCCCACCUCCUCAACUCCUCCUCCUCCUCCGGCUCCCCGAACGCGGCGGCUACAGCGUCCUCGGUUCUGAAAAUCAAGACGGAGAUGGCGGAACCGAUCAACUUCGACAACGACAGCAGCAUCUGGAACUACCCGCCCAACCGAGAGAUCUCCCGAAACGAAUCUCCGUACAGCAUGACAUCCAAACCAGCUCCUCCCGGUUCCCACGAGAACUUCCCCUCGCCCCAGGGAGGCUCUCUCCAGGUAGCCAUCCCCGACUCCGUCCUCACUCCUCCCGGUACCGAGGGAGGAGCGGGAGGAGUGAGGAAGCCUCCUUACAACGGUAGCUCGGCUCCGUCUUCUGCUUCCAGCGCUGCGAGUCUCGCUCCUCCCUCCAGCGCCUCCUCCGCCGACCCACUCUCCCCGCCGCUCUCCGCCUCCCCACGGGACAAGCAACAAGGCACGCCCACCACCUCCUCCUCUUCUUCUUCCACAUCUUCAUCCUCCAACUCCUCCUCGUCGACUCCGUCCUCCUCGCUGCUGUACUCCGGCGAUCUCGAGGCUCUGCAGCGUCUCCAAGCGGGUAACGUCGUUCUCCCUCUUGUCCACCGGGUCACGGGAACUCUCGCCUCCACCAGCACGACGGCUCCUCGGGUCUACACCACCGGGACCAUCAGGUACGCGCCGGCAGACGUCACCCUCGCUAUGGCACAAGGCAACCUCCUCCAGAACGGCGCCAUGAACUUUGUGGACAGCUCGGGGUUCGGCUUGGACCCGAAGACGCCGAUGGAGAUGCUCUACCACCACGUGCACCGGCUCAACAUGUCGGCAGCGGCGGCCGCCGGACCGUUCGUUGGCUCCCCGGCGGCAACGGGUGGAAACGGCGCUUUGGGAGGCCAGAUGCCGACGGCGGCGAACGUCUUCACCACGGCGGAGGGACUUUUCUCAACGCUACCGUUCCCGGUGUACAGCAACGGGAUCCACACCACGCAGACGACUCUAGAGAGGAAGGAGGAUUAACGCAAAACAUUCGAGACCGCAUUACUGUGUUUUUUCCGGAAUCAACAACUGUGUCAGAAAAGUUAACGACGACAACAACAAACAAAAAAAAGACUUCUCUUCUCACUCGUUUAAAAAAAAAGAAAAAAGAGAUUAUUUACUUGCUUUCUUUUAUCAACGCGGUGUAGCACUGUGUUUCCGAGAGGGGAGAACGGACAGGAAAGGAUGACAAAUGUACUCUAGCACUUUGAAUCUGAGCAAACUGAGCUUGUGUAAUAGACAUGAAUGACCCUCAAACAUGUCCCCCCCCCCAACUCCUCCCACCUCCUCCCCCUACUUUUCUAUCUUUUUUCUCUCUGCUCCUCAUCCUCCUCUCCUUCCACGCUCUAAGUCUCUCUCUCUCUCUUUGCUCCUGUUUCUUGCGAUCAGCAAAACUUUUUCUCUUUCCGAAACGAUCGAACAGAAAAAGAAGAAAAAAAAACAAAACCAGACUAUUCUUUAUUGUAAAGAAUUCCUUUUUUUUGCCUACAGAGAAUUCAUAUUGCCGACGGACUCCGCUGGAGCCUGACGGGGAUAAUUUUUAUCAUUUGACUUGUUUCUGUUGCAUCUUUCUGAAGGUGCUGAUUGUGUGUAUUUAAAGGAGGACGGAACAGGGAUUUGUAACGGACAGAAAAACUCUCCUCUGCAUCUUGAUGUGAUCAAGACUUGAAAAGAAAGUUUUUAAAACCCGAGAGGAGGAGGAAGCCGCCGCUGCUGCGUCCGACAAGAGGUCUCAGAGAUAAAUAAUCUUUUGAAAAAAGGUUUUUGAGGACGUUUCUCGAUUGAGGGAAUAGUUUAGAGAAUUAAUGCUGUUUGUUUUCUUCUUUUUAUUUCUUCCUUUUUUCUUUUUUUUUAUAAAAUAUUCUAGCUCAGAUUUAACUUACGAAUCAAGCAUUAAGAUGAAAAACAAAAAAAGCAAUUUUCAGCCGGGUAAUGACCUGUGAAUUAUCGAAUGUUACUACUUCCUCUUUUAUCCCAGGAGUUUACCUACAGGUCUCGCACCAAACAUAACCUCCUCUCUGCAUCUCUUCCCAUCCUCCUCGAUUCUGUCGUUCUCGCUCUUUCUUCUCCUCCUUCUUCUGUCUGACCUGAUCUUUAACCUUUUCCGUUCAUCUAUCAAUCUAUCAAUCUAUCUAUCUACAGAUUCAUGGUGCUACCGACCGUCCAGUAACCCUGACUCAGCUGGCUGAUGUGGGUGCUGUAAAACAAAACCCACAGCUCGUCGACAGACUGAUCGUUUCUUCUUUUUUUCUUUCUUUUUUCGGAGGGGGAACAAUUUUUAAAAAGUUUGUUUUUUAAAUUUUUUUUCUCUUCUGACCUUCAGGAAAGUCAGAAAUACCAAGUGAGAACCUCUAAAAAUCAGCGACGUCAUCUUCAUGUUUCAUCGUAACGUACGUCUUAAAGAAACACUCGACCUUAUCUGGCCACUAGGGGGAGCUCCGCAUGGCGACAUGGAGUUGAUCGGUUGAGAUUUAAGCUGUUUUUUUGUUUUGUUUUUUUAUUUUUAUUUUUUAAUGUAUUUUCUAACUUGAUCACUUUUAAUUCUCAGUGAGACUGAGGCUAAUUAGUUAGUGUUGCUAACUUGAAAAAUGAAUGUUGAAAACCUCGACCGGCUCCUGUUUGAUCACUGUUUUAUUGUUUUUAACUACUACAACUACUUCUCCUUAUAUUUUUUUACAUGUUUUCCCUCCUCCUCCUCCUCCUCCUCUUCGUCUUCUUCUUCUUCUUCCUAAACCGGAAUCACCUCCACACAAGAUUUUUUCUCUAAAUAAUCCACUCUCUUCCAUCUCAUCGCCGGACCC